GACGGCCACUCUCAUCUGGUCCUCAACCACAGACCCCCAUGGCCACACUCAGCCAGGCCAGACAGCAGUUGCAACGCGUAGCCGCAAAAUGGCCAGCUGAUCCGUUUCGUCCAAACUUACAACUCAGAAAUUUCCUGGAGGCCCUGGUGAACCACCCGAGUCUCACCGCGCAGGCCGCCACGGCUGCGCGUGCGCUCCAGGAUGACCACUUCCACCGCAAGUAUCCGCUUUCAGAUAGAACUCUGAAGCCGGCUUCUAUGCCGCAGUAUUACACGCGGUUGGUCGAAGGCUACGAGAAAAGCGCGAAGGGUAUUGGCAGGCCCUGGUGGAAGAUUUUCUUCGGUAUUUGGUAGCUAAAGACGCACAGUCCUCGUUGUCUGAACGAUACAUGACCGGCCGCCCCAGCUCACGCUUGCGUAAAGACAAUACGCGUGGCAAUAUCGAGUACAACACCGCUGGUUCUUCCAUGUCGUGGAUUCCGAUCUUGGA